GUAGGCAAGGAGUUAUCAAUCAAUUCCGUUCGGAGACUGAGCCAGUAUUGGGAUCGCAUUAGUACACAACACUUUCACAUCGAAUGAUAGCAGCAUAGGCCCUGACAAGACACAAGAAUGUUUAUCGAUACUUUGCGCUUUUUGGACACUCCAAAACCCUUCCCGAAGACCAAAAUUGGCAAUUUUACAUAUAAGUUCUUGCGUUUUCUUUAUCCCCCCUUUGGAAAAGACAUGCCGUUGGUCACAUACGACGUGGUUAUACCGCACCCUGAUAAAACUAGCUUGAUAGCAGGCGCAACAUGCUUCUCGAUCUUGCUACUGGCCCUUCUGAGCAUCAACAUCUAUAGGCGAUCCCACGUAAAGAUCAGUUUGCCUGAAAAGUGCUUAGAGCAGGACCCAGAUGUGGCAGAUCUUGAAAAUAAAGACAGUUUAGCUGACGCGAACAGCAGCGAGUGGAUAAGCGACUCCACAAUUUCCGAAUCCAUCGAGAAUAAUUUGCAGCCCAAAGAAGUGCAGCUGGAUGUGAAAUUGGAAAUGGAAACCGAAACGGAAACCGAAAAAACCGGCGGCAUCAUAAAUAAUUGCAAUAGCUAUAUCAAAGAGAUUAAGCAGCUGCCCAACCAAGACAUCGGUGACAGAAGUAACCUAAUGAAUGUUAAAAUAGUUAUUGGGAAGCCGCCUAUAUACCCCAGGCGCUCACAUACAAAUAAAUAGACAUUUAUACUUAAGGUUUGGAAUAUAUCGCGCAGUGA